GCAGGCGGCAUUGUUAUGCCCCAGGAAGGGGACGGAAGGGGAGGAUGGGCCAGGCAGGAAAGCUCCAAAUCAAACCAGGGACUGGGCGGAGAAAAAGAGGCCCAGAAAGGAAGGCAGCGGGGCGAGGUAAUGCCAAGUGGGUUUCUAUGGUGGGGUCCCCACGCCCCGGGGCCUACCCAGGGCACCGGCAACCCUUCAGCCUCUGACGGCGAAAGGGACCACGCCGCGGCCCUCCGGAUUCUUCCCCUCCUUCGCUCCCCGACCCACACAAAGAAAGAGCCGGAGGAGCUGAGCCUAAGACUCCGCCGCUUCCUGGUUCAAGUGAGGCGAAAGCAAACGCAGGCGCGGCCCAGGAACCGAGGAGGCAGGCACGCUCCUUCGCCCCCUCCCGGAUUGGGGCCGGGUCCUCACCUGCUUCCUGGCGCCGCCGCUGCUCCUCAGCCGCGGAAGGGUGGGAGUCCUCCAACAACAAGAAGCCGGACUCCCGGACGAUUCUGCUGCUUCUUUAAACGUCGCUCCAGUCUUGGUCGACGUCGACGCGGCUACCGCCUCCUGCCGCCACGGCUGCUACAGCUGCCCCACGCCACCGACAGAGGGCACAGCGCGGGGGCGAAGCUCUGAAGUCAGAGGCGCCCUCCUCUUCCGAGUGCAGUCCGAGGGUUUCCGGAAGGCCCCGAGCUCUACGCGACUGCGCUUCGGUACCCUAUUCAGCCUUCGGCUCUUUCCGCAAAGGGGCGGAGGAAGACUGCGAAGUUCUUGAAGCUCUUUCCGGAGGGCAAAAGGGUGGGAAAAGGAAAGGGAAAGAUCAGUGCUGGAGACUGAACCCAGUGCCUCACAUGUGCUAGGCAAGUGCUCUACCACUGAGCCACAACCCCAGCUCUACUGCUAUGAUUUCAAGAGGCCUAGGUAUUGAGUGAGCUGGCAGCAGACCUUGGCGUCAUCCAUAUGGUGCUGGUUCUGAAGGAACACUGGAUGCUCAAGAUAAGGGAUCAUGGAAGCUUCCACAGAGAUUUCAAAGGAAGGCCUGGGAGGACAGGCAAAGUGUAGCAGGGUCACAAUCCCUGCAGGCUGCCUCUGAGAAGCCAAUGCAUGAAGCUGUGAAGGUGAAACUGAAGCUGGAAUGGAGACCCCAGGAAUUGAGAGUUGCCAGUAAUGUGAACUUUCUGCCAAGAAAAACUGCUGGCUGCAGAGAGAGCCAGGCUGAAAGAGAGCCCAUGAGCACUGCAACCAACAAGACCAAAGGGGAAGGCUGCCCAAGCACUUUGGAAAUAACAUCUCACAGCCAAGUGUCCUAGAUGCUCUAUGUGAAGUUAUGGGACUUGUUUGCCUAGCUGUGUUUUGGUCUCAUUUUGGACCCAUCCCUUCUUUCUGUUCCCCUAUUCCUCCCUUUCUGGAUGGGAAUGUUUACUAUGUGCAACUAUAUAUUGAAUGUAUGUAACUUUUUUUUAUUUUUAUAGGGGCUCACAGCCAGCAGUUUGCCUUGAGUAUCAGGUGAGAUUUUGGACUUGGGCACUCCUAGAACUGUAAAAACUAUGGAACUCUUGGAGAUGGACUAAAUGCAUUUUGCACUAUGAGUUGGACAUGAGCCUUAGGGACUGGGGUGGAAUGUUAUGAUUUGGAUAUGAGGUAUAUGCCAAAAUUUCUGUAUUAAUUCAGGAAUGUAAAAUGAUUGAAUUGUGAGAGAUGUAACCUAAUCAGUUCAUACUAGUUUGAAUGGACUGGGUAGUUGUAUGCAUAUGGGGCAUAGGUGGAGGAGGUGGGUCACUGUAGGCAUGCCCUGAAAGGAUGUGUCUUCCCUGAGGACUCCCUCUGUUUCCUGAUGCCCCCUCCAUUAACUGAGAAGUUUUCCUCUCCUGGGCCUUUCCCCCAUGAUGUGCUGCCAAGUGGCCCAGAGCAAUAGAGUCAGCCCUCUAUGGACUGAGAGUUCUGAAACUGUGAGCCCCAAAUAAACUUUUCCUCCUCUUCA